GACAACCAUCCAUUACAACACAGAAUUCACCACCCAACCCUGUAGUAAAUGGAAACUCUAAAUCAUCCACCUCGGAGAGUGUAACUCCACCUCCACUCCCUCAAAGGACAAGUGAGAAAACACAGAAGCCGGCCUUACCGCCAAAGCCACAAUGGGCAAAAUCAGUAGUUGUGGAGGAACCAACUCCAGUUCCUGAAGUCACUUGCCCCAUUAACGACAACAUAAAGAGUGCAGCAGUUCCUCCCAAACAAAGCAAACAGUUUCCUACGCCUGCUACAGAUAAACAACAAGAAACCACAAGACAUGUGAAAAUAAGUAAAGAGACCUUGCAUAAAACACACCACCAAAACUGUGUUGAUGAAGCAGUUCAAGAUUCAAAUCUAACAACUGAAUGUCUGCCAAUAAACUCAAAGGAUGAGGAAAUUAAGAAGAAAAAGAAAACAACACCAAUUACGGGGAGUAACUCAGACUGCCAAGUGAUGAUGUCAAACAGCACUGAAGUGGAAAUGGAGAGAAAUGUAAUACAGAAAAUCAAUGCAGCCGAGGAGAUUCAAAUGUGCAUGAAGAGUUAUGCAGAAGACGGUAAACAUGAAAUGAACACAAGCUUACAGGCUGCUCUACAGAACUUUGAAAGAAAGGAAAGAGAGACUCUGGACAAAAGAACCCCUUUGUUGUCCAAGAAGGUAAAAGUAAUAAAUGAUAACGUUAGUGAGUAUAAACAAACCAGUAAAACCACUGCCCCACCACACAAAUCACAUCCCAACAGACAACACAGCACUGAUGGCACACAACAAACAUCAAAGACCAAAAGUCUGGUUGAUGGAUGCCAUAUAGAGCAAAAUGAAAUGCAACCCAAAGGUGAGGAAAAAGUUGUCUUAAGAGAGAAGAAAGUAAAGGAGACAGAUGUUGAAAGAAGACAAAGGCUUUCUGUCCACAAGGAGGAGAUCAUGAAAGGAAAUGUGAACGCGGCAAUGGAAAUCUUUGAAAAUCUGAGAAAACGAGAGGAACUCAAAGGAAUCCUGUCUCAAGUGCAAGAGAUAGAGGGACAGACCAGCAGUGCAGACGAUAGCUCCUUGAAGACAUUAUAUGACAAUGUCCCUGCUUGGAUGGAAACACCAACUAGAAAUGCAAAGCAGUGUAAAACGGAGGAAAAGAAAGUUGAAGUAGAGGUACAGGACGAUGAUCUAGAAAGCAUCUCCUCAGUCGAGACUGCAUUUGAAGAUCUGGAAAAGGCAAGCAAGGAAAUAAUGAAUCUGAAGGAACAAACGUUAGCAAAACUUCUUGACAUUGAAGAGGCGAUUAAAAAGGCUUUGUACUCCGUCUCCAAUCUGAAAUCUGAGGCGGACAUUGCUGGGCUGUCAGGACUGUUUGAUGAAUCUUUGAAAUCUGAGCAAAACUUUCAACCUGCCAACAACAUCAGGAAGAUAAGUAUCGUGUCAAGCAAGGCCAACUCAGGUCAAAUCAAAGAUCCAUCUGAUGUGAAUAUGCAAACAGCUUCAAAUUCAGGUCCUUCUAAACAAGAAGUGCCCAGACAAGUGCACACAAAGCCUCUCGUCAGACAGUCGUCUUCCCAGUCUUCCCCGUCAUUCAUCUCCAUUCACUCAGCUGCCAGAAGGCCUGCUGAACAACCAAAGUCGCCAAUGUCAACAUUUAAACCAAAAACAGAGAGCAAUCCUCAAAGUUGCCAUGAUGCAAAUGCCGAGUCUGCUGCCUCUGAGCCCUCAAAAACUUGUUACAGUCCCGCACAACGCAAGGUCAGCGUACUCGAGGUGAAAACUGUCCCAGAAGAACCUGCAGGAAUAAUUGGCACAAAGACCGUCAGUGAAACAUACGAAGAGACAGACGGCUUCGGCAAUGUGUUUGUUUCUUCUGUGACUUCGACAUUUGUCACCAAACAGUCUGACAGCAAAUCAUCUGCACUGUUUGAAGUAGUUGGGAGUCCAGCUAGAUACGAAGUCAUGACAUCCCCGUUAAUUCGAAGAUCUGGUCGCCCUUUUGAAGAUAAUGUGCCAGGCAACGCCAAGGAGGAAGGGACGGUGUUUGUAACAUUUAGCCAACCAAAGGAAAAGCACUAAGAAAAGCCACAGAGUGCAUCCCCCACUCCUUCAAGUUGUGUAUUUAUUACAAUAUGUUUUCAUGAAAAGAGUUUGUUAGUCAUAAAAUUGGUCUUAUGAAAUCAUGAAAAUGUUGACUUUUAAUUAAAAAAAUUGUCUUAUAGAUUUUAUACUGUCACCAAAUGAUUAAGCGUUAAGUUCUUGUUCUUAAAUCUAAACAUAUAGUUAAUACUUGAUGUUCUGU